GCGCUUCCAUUUAGCCCAAUGUAUGUGGAGGUUCAGCACUGCAACCCGCCGCUUGAGAAAUCCCUCUGGUUGCAGGAACUACCGCACUAACUCACCUGCUCGGCCGAACGUGCCCGGGAAAGCUGAUGAUUCCGGAGCCCAUUAGCCGCUCUCAUUGGCCGCACUCGGUCCCAAUACAUCGGUAGCUGAUUCGCCUUUCGCUUCUUUGCGCUGCUUUUCAUUGGCUUAACCGUCACAGGCUGCAGUGGUGGGAGAACGUUUGUUCCUGGCUGAUGCGUUCUAUUGGCUGAAGCCAUCGCCUGUUUUAUUGCUGGAAGAGGCCAGCGAUUGGGCCCCAGGCUGACAUACCUGUGCGCUAUUGGCUUCCUGUGAAUGAGAGAUUGUACCGAGCGAGUCUCUCGGCUGAGCAGACAGCGCGGGUUCCUUGCAGGCAGCCUGGGGGCUAAGGAGACAGGGAGGCUGGUGUGUGUGUGCCGGGGGCGAGUACUACAUCGCGACUCUCCUCUCCUACUCAACCUUCCAAACUCGCCCUGCGGCUGCAACUUGCCUGUGGCUCCCAUGUGCCCGGCUGUGUGGGUGCCAGGCUGCGGGACACAUUGAGCCAUAUCCCUCGCAUUUACACUCACCUGCUGCAGAGAGAGGGAGCGCACCGACUCAAUCAACUUUAUCGCACUUCUCUGUUUAUUGGGAGAUUCUUUAGCGCUGCAUUUUGCGCAGAGUGAAAGUCGCAUAUUACUUUCUUCGGAAUAUUCGCGAUUUUUCAGUGACUUUAUGGUGUUGGAAUGUUAAUUGUGAAUAGUCCUGACCUGCAAUGUGACCUAGCGCUCGAAUCAUUAUAACGUCUGCCUGGGCACUAUCCCUGAUAGAAACAUAAACUGUAGAAAUCGCUUUGUGCCAGUCAGCAGGGUCCUGUAGCACCAAGUGACGGAUUGCUGCACCAUCCGCUCCGGCACUCGGUAACCUUGAGAAUCCUGUAUGUGCGGUACCGGUCCGGCUCCCUGCCCCAGGUAACCUUGAGAGUCCGGUCGGUGUUUCGUACGUGCGGGUCGCGCUUGCACUGCUGCCAUGCCCGGGGGCAACACAGGGACCGGCUAACGCACAGAACCGAGGGCUGGAUGCGAUUUUGUAGUUGGCCAUGAACUGCACGCCAGGGGGAUGGAGGAAGCGAUUAACGAGUUACUAGAUAUCUGCCUUAGUAAUAGAGGUUUCAUUCUUCCUCAGAAUAAUCGUGCAUGAAUAAAGAACCCAGAACCCCGGGAUCAUGGAUGAGAGAGCCAACAAGUUGAUUCUGGCCCCACUUUUAGCUGUGCUCUUUGUAAUGAUUGUGUACCAGUACAUAUGCCCUUCUGGCACGAACUCUUGCCAGUUCCGAGCUGGUGACCAUGCUAGGACAGGGGCCCAGAUCCCUCAGCUCCCACCUGGGUCAGAAUCUCAGUGGCAGGGGGAGGAGGAGGAAGGUGAAGAUGCAGAGGAUUGCAUACCUCCCAAAUUUCAGCCCACCUAUAACUUCUUGGCCAAAGACCUGGCCAGGUUUGUGGAUUUCAACAUUAAGGGGGAUGAUGUGAUUGUGUUCCUGCACAUACAGAAGACAGGGGGCACCACUUUUGGUAGGCACCUGGUUAGGAAUAUUCACCUGGAGCAGCCAUGUGACUGCAAGCCGGGCCAGAAGAAGUGCACCUGCCAUCGGCCUGGCAAAAAGGAAACUUGGCUCUUCUCCCGUUUUUCCACGGGCUGGAGCUGUGGGCUGCAUGCAGACUGGACCGAACUCACCAACUGUGUCCCGGCGAUCAUGGAGAAGAAGGACAGCCUGAGAAACCACAGGAACUUUUAUUACAUCACCAUGCUGAGAGACCCUGUGUCCCGCUACCUGAGUGAAUGGAAGCACGUCCAGAGGGGAGCAACGUGGAAAGCCUCGCUUCAUGUAUGUGAUGGAAGAAGCCCAACUCCGGAUGAACUACCUACAUGCUAUGUUGGAGAUGACUGGUCUGGGGUCACACUGCAGGAGUUUAUGGACUGUAGCUAUAAUCUUGCAAACAACCGCCAAGUCCGGAUGCUUGCAGACCUCAGCCUUGUGGGAUGUUACAACUUGACAUUUAUGAAUGAAAGCGAAAGAAAUCACAUUCUUCUACAGAGCGCAAAGAACAAUCUUAAAAAUAUGGCAUUUUAUGGCUUGACUGAAUUUCAGAGGAAAACUCAAUAUCUCUUUGAAAGAACAUUUAAUCUGAAGUUUAUUUCACCUUUCACUCAGUUUAAUAGUACAAGGGCCUCAAAUGUGGAUAUAGAUGAAAGGUCUCGGGAGCGCAUAAAAGAGUUGAACUACUUAGAUGUGCAGUUGUAUGAAUAUGCGAAAGACCUUUUUUUACAACGCUUUCAGUACACCAGGCAACAAGAGCAUCAGAGGAAGCGAGAGAAGAGGAAGGAAGAGAGGCGACUUUUAAGGGAGCAUAAAGCCCUGCCGUGGCACAAGGAGGAAAAACCAUCUGAUGCAGCUACUACUGAAGACUAUAAUAGUCAGGUGGCAAGAUGGUGACAUUUCUGAAAAUGCCUUCAGAAAUCAUAUGGGGGACAUGAACAUGAAUUUGCAAUUGGCAUUUUUAAAAACAAUCUUUUACAUUUUGCUUUCAGUGGCAAGGAAUUCUAUAAAUAAAGCAAUUUAAUUGUACUACAAACAAAUACAAUCUCAGAUUUACACAGACAGCACACAUUUGCUCUCGAAAAGGACAAACCUUGAAAAUGUUUUGACUAUAAAAUAGUGUGGCAUUUUUUCCUUGGGGUAGUAACAUAUAGAUUAUCCUUUCAAGCGUUUAAAGUCGCCCAGUUUUGUGACAUGAUCAGUCGUAUCAUCCUCGAUAAUAUUGUUUAUAUGGCAGGCACAGAACUUCUUUAUCUGACAAGAACUUUUCCUUUUUUUAAUAGUUUAAAAUUGUGUUAUUUUCUAAAAUGUAUAUAAAAUUGUGAAAAUGUGAUGAAACUGAAAUUCUGAAUUUUUAUGUUUAAAGUGACACUGACACAUUACAAUCAAUAUUCCAGACUGAUCAGGGGUGGUGUAGGAAACACAGUGUCAGGGAUGGUAUAAGAAAAACCCAAUAUCUAUCCCACUAUACAGUAUUUGCACCAAAAUACAAAAGGAGAAGACUUGAUUACUUACCCAGCCUGACAACUUUGUUAGCUGCUAGUUUUAAUCAGCGUCCUCCUCCCUUCUCAGCAAAAGGAAUUCCAGCAAUUUGUUGUAGUUUAACAAAAUCAUAUAUACUAAAUAUAUCAUUUGUGCUUCAUUGCUCAUUAGAAGUCAUAAAAGACACAAGGUACAUACUGUUUUGAUUUCUUAUGACCCAUGUGAUAUGAAUUUUAUUUAACACAUUAUGCAUCAGAAAUAAGAUCAGUUGUAAACAGUUGAUUUGGGAAGCCUAAAUGCAGCCUUUAAUGUGCAGUAUAAAGGAUGGAGCAGAUCACUACAUAACUACAAUUAGCUAUAUUUUAGAAUGGAAAAUAAUUUUCUUUUGCUGCCAUAUUUACACGCACAGAGGGCUGUUAUUUAACCAUUAGACACACAUGCUUGGGUAUACAGUAGGUACUUAUGGCUGUCAGAGUCACUUUAAUGGUAAGGUUGCUCCUGUUUUCCUAUUCUUUUUUCACUAUUCACUCACUCUUAUCUCGUCAUUCACUCAUUCUUUUUAUUUUUUUAAUGUUUAGAAGCAAAACAAUAAAAUGAUGAAUUCAUUAAAUAUAAUUUAAACUACUCUGUUAAUGCAGUGAUUUUAUUUGGGUGAUGUAUUGUGUAUUUAAACUGAAUAUUGUGUUCUUAUGCUAAGACAAUGGCUUUAGAUGGAAUAUGUGCUGACUACAUGGUUGUGGCAAGGUGAUAAAGCUGCACUGCCAUACAAAUGUAGGGCAAACUGACACUUGAUUAAAUUAUUAUAUUUUC